AACUCUCUCUGCGGUUGUCCGUCGCUCUUUGCUUAUUCGAUCUGGGACCUCUGGCCUUUAUAAACGGCAUCAGUCCCGUCCUCGUUUUCUCUCCCCCGUCGCAAUUCCUUCGAUCAAGCGCAUCCUUCUUCGCAACCUCUUUCGUACCUGGCCUGGUUUCCAUGUUGUGGCGAGUGGCCAAAGCAGCCGACCACCCGGCUGCUUCACCGUACAAAAGUCAUGGACAAGCCGCGGCACAUUGAAGACUUGGCGGACGAAUUGAUCAGUGACAUCCUGUCCUUUCUCCUGGGCUCCGAUUAUCCUUCUCCCGAACCCUCCCCGACGAGCCCGCACGGCGUGCCCCCCAAUUCGAACGGCAGAUCGGCCCAGACGUAUGGCGAAAAGUCCGACCUGGACCGAUUCAGACUUGUCUGCAGGAGGUUCAGGCGGAUUGGCACGCCGCAGAAAUUCCCUCGUUUUGUGCUCCGGUUUUCGUCGGACGGGUUUCGAAGGCUGGAGGAUUUGCUGGACAUGCAGCUAGCAUGUCACGUCAGAUAUUUCACGUACAUGGUGCGACCCUUCUACCAAGGAAGCGGUUGGUCGCAUACCCUCGAUGGGAUCGAUGUAGAUAACCUACCCGUUUCUGCGGUGCACCGGCAUCGCCUCCAGGAUCAGAAAUCCAUUGUCGACGCGGAUCUGGACCUCCUGCUGCUUCGACGCGCGAUAGCGGCCUUCUCCUCCCUCCAACAGAUCAAACUCCUCCGACUGCAGGACGAAGCCGACGAACACCUACUGGAUUGCAUACACGAACGCUCGUUGGGAGGAACAGCCCGUCUGGAUUGGGAACCGGCAUGUACCAGAGCCGUCACAAACCUGAGCAUAUCCUUGCUGGAGUCAAAUUGUAACUCUGUUAGGUUUGUCGGGCCGCAGAUCAGCCCAAAGGCGACCGUGAAAUUGUUACAGGCGCCGUCCACCAGUCUGUGCGCUCUGGGUGCACGAUUGGCGAGCUUGGACGUCACCUUCCACUCAGUGGCCAACCUAUCCACGCAUAUGGAAACGCUAUCCAGCCCGUUCCGCGACUUCUUCCUGGCCGCCAAAAACCUCACGGCCCUCCACCUCGGAUUCCCCGCCAAUGCGCCACUGGACCUGGCCCUGGAACAGCUCUUCCACCGCCUGCAGUGGAAGCGACUCCGCACGCUGGGCAUCCAGGGCUGGCGCCUCGGCUCGGAAGAAAUCAUCGCGCUGAUCCGCCGGCAUCGGCGCCAGCUGCGUGACGUCCGACUAGCCAGCAUCUAUCUCCGCAGUGGUCGAUGGCGCGACGUCCUCUCCGUUCUCCACGACGAAAUGGACCAUCUAGAACACAUCAACCUGCGCGAGAUCGAUUACACCAACCAUUUCGACGCCAGCGCCAUUGCCAAUCCAAGCGCCAAUGGGAACGCUGCCGGUGGCUCCCAAACCCCGACGCUUGCCAUCGUCGUACAGCCCAUCCCCGAUCUACCACCUCACAAGGCCGUCCUGAAUGGGGACUACCUGUCUUUCGCGCCGGCGGGGAGCACCCGCCAUUCGCUUCCCGAUGCGACGCUUGAGCAGCUGCGCGGCAUGACGGUCGACGAGCUGGGCGACGAUGGCGUGCGCGUCCGAUAUGAACAGCGACGGUUCUGGGAGGCGUGGGUGCUGUCUAGUCAACGAAGUAACGUCCUUCGCAGGAAUUAAUAUCUUUAUGAUUGUCCUUGUUGAUAUUAUUGCGAGUACUGUUGUUUGUUUCAGGAAGAGCAGGAAAAGAAUGCAUUGGCUGUGGCUGGA